AUGCUGCAUUUUGCCAGGGUUCGGCAUUUUCUAACGCCUUCGGUCCUUGUCAGACCAGGGCAUGUGUAUCCUGCGGGUCUGGGGCCAAGGGGUUGCCUUCGGACAUCUCAUGAACGUGUCCUGUGCAGCACCUUGUCAGAGAUGGUUAUAACCCAACCAGAUGACUGGCACCUCCACGUCCGAGAUGGGCCCCAGCUUCAGUCUGUGGUGCCAUUUUCAGCACAACAUUUUGGACGGGCCGUCAUCAUGCCGAACCUGGUUCCGCCGAUAACAACAACCGAAGCUUGCAUGGCCUACAAGGAGCGCAUUAUAUCUGCGAUUCCCGCAGGUUGCACUUUCACACCCCUGAUGACACUGUACCUCACUGAUGAUACACCAGAAGAAGAAGUGUGGAGGGCUAAGGCAGCAGGAAUAGUGGCUUUCAAGCUCUACCCUGCAGGUGCUACAACGAACUCUUCUUCUGGGGUGACGGACAUCAAGAACGUCCUUCCUGUCCUAAGGGCAAUAGCAGAGGCAGACAUGCUGCUACUGGUGCAUGGUGAAGUCACGGACCCAUCAGUGGAUAUCUUUGAUCGGGAAAAGGAGUUCAUCCAACAAGUCAUGAUUCCUGCAAUGGAUGCCGUGCCAGAUCUGAGGGUCGUAAUGGAACACAUCACAACCAAGGAUGCUGUUGACUUUGUGAGGAGCAGUCCUGAAGGCUUGGCUGCCACCAUCACACCACAGCACCUAACCUUAAACAGGAACUCCCUCUUUGUGGGAGGUCUGAGACCCCACCACUAUUGCCUACCUGUCUUGAAAAGAGAGUUGCACAGACGUGCUGUUUGUGAAGCGGCAACCAGUGGCAGCACCAAGUUCUUUCUGGGAACUGACAGUGCCCCACACCCCAGACAUGCUAAGGAGAGUUCCUGUGGGUGUGCUGGAAUCUUCAGUGCACCUGUGGCUCUCUCCGUAUAUGCUGAUGCCUUUGAGAAGGCUGGUGCCCUAGAUCAGCUGGAAGCAUUUGCCAGCAUCAAUGGGCCCGAGUUUUAUGGGUUGCCACGAAACAGAGGCAGCAUCAGCCUUGUCCAGGAGCCGUGGAACCCUCCCGACUCCUACCAAUUUGGGGACGACGUGGUUGUGCCUUUUUGUGCCCAGGAAACGUUGAGGUGGAAGGUGAAGGCGCUGAGAGCAUAA